CUGCUGGGCAGGAUGGAGUGGAUGUGGGCGCUUGUGCUGCUGGCGGCGCUCGGCAGCGCCCGGGCGGAGCGCGACUGUCGCGUGAGCAGCUUCCGAGUAAAGGAGAAUUUCGACAAGGCGCGCUUCGCCGGCAUCUGGUACGCCAUGGCUAAGAAGGACCCUGAAGGCCUCUUUCUACAGGAUAACAUCGUCACCGAGUUCUCCGUGGACUCGAGCGGCCGGAUGAACGCCGUGGCCAAGGGCCGAGUACGCCUUUUGAACAACUGGGACACGUGCGCAGACAUGGUGGGCACCUUUACAGACACUGAGGACCCUGCCAAGUUCAAGAUGAAGUACUGGGGCUUAGCGUCCUUUCUCCAAAAAGGAAACGAUGACCACUGGAUCAUCGACACAGACUAUGACACGUAUGCCGUGCAGUACUCCUGCCGCCUCCUGAACCUCGACGGCACCUGUGCUGAUAGCUACUCCUUCGUGUUCGCCCGCGAUCCCAAUGGGUUGCCCCCAGAAGUGCAGAGAAUCGUGAGGCAGAGGCAAGAGGAGCUGUGCCUGGGCAGGCAGUACAGGAUGAUCGUUCACAAUGGUGAGUGGGCAUGGGAGUGGGGCGCUGGACCCAGCUCUCCCUAG